AAAAGGUUUAAAAAUUGUUAGAGAUAAAAUAGUAUUAUAAGACAAAUCUGGUACAUUACAAAAAUAUAUUCUGGCAACACUGCAUGACACAUGAUACAAAUGACACUGACACAUGUGUGUGUCAAGUGUGUCUUUUAAAAAAAGAAGGUUAACAUUUUUAACAUAUCGAGAAGAAAAUUAGGAAAUCUUGAAAAAUGUCAAAGAAACGAGGAAAUAAGAAAGGAAAAAACCUAGACGAAGAUUUUGAAGAAAAUGUCAGUAUUAUUAGUGAGAAAGAAAAGCAAACUUCUAAACCAACUAAAAAUAAGGCUUCUAAAAAAGGAAAGAAAGGAAAGGAUAACUCUAGCGAUGAUGAUGAUGUUGACCAAGGAAAAGAAAUUAUUGAAAGAAAUGAGCCAGCCGAGAGUAAACCUGCACCCAAAAAGAAAGUAAAAAAGGGAAAAUCUACUAAAAAUGAUGAUUGGUCAGAUAAGGACGAUAUGGAUGUUAAACUUUCAGAUAGUGAAACAGAAUCUAUACCGGUAGCAGUUGCAAAAAAAUCUGCAAAGAAGAAUAAGAAAAAGAAAGAUGAUUGGUCUGAUAAAGAAGAUGUAGAUAUUAAAUUAUCAGAUGAUGAGGAAGAGGAUAUACCAAAAGUAGUUAAAAAAUCUGCAAAAAAGAAUAAGAAAAAGAAAGAACAGUCUGAUGUGGAUGAACCUGAAGAAAAUGAAUCGGAUAUUGACGACGAACAGGCUCACAUAGUAAACAAAUUUGCUAAGAAAAAUGAGAAUAUAGAUCAGGACGACAGUGAUAAUGAAUCUCUAAAAAAAGAAAAUGAUGCCGAAAUUGAUGAAGAUAUUCCACUACCUGUCAAACCUAAACAUAAAAAGAAUAAAGUAGCACAAAAAGAACCAAUAGUGGAAGAGUCCAGUAAACCCACACAAAAUGGUAUUAAUAAUAAGGUAGAAAAGAAAGAUUCAAUUGAGGACAAAGAAGAUAGUGAUAUAGAAGAACUGUCAGAGAAAAUAAGCUCUACUCAAAUCAAUGAAGACAAACAAACAGACACUAAAGAAAAGAAACUGACACACAAAGAAAAGAAAAAAAUGAAAAAAAUUCAGCAAUAUGAACAACAAAUGGAAACCAUGCUGAAGAAAGGUGGCCAGGGACAUUCUGAUCUAGAUAGUAAUUUUACUGUAUCACAAGCUCAGAAAACUGCAGGUCAGUUGGCAGCUUUUGAGAACGCCGUCGAUAUUAAGGUUGAGAAUUUCAGCAUAUCUGCCAAAGGAAAUGAAUUGUUUGUUAAUGCCAAUUUAUUGAUUGCACAAGGCAGACAUUAUGGUUUGGUUGGACCCAAUGGUCAUGGUAAAACUACACUUCUACGACAUAUAGCUCAACGUGCUUUCGAUAUUCCUCCUAGCAUCGACAUCCUAUACUGCGAACAAGAAGUCGUCGCCGACGACAAUUCUGCAGUCGACACUGUAUUAGCUGCUGACGUAAAACGUACAGAAUUGCUCAAAGAAUGUAAAAAAUUGGAGGAAUCUGGUGACAUAGAAGUCCAGGAGAGAUUAAAUGAAGUAUAUGCUGAGAUGAAAGCUAUCGGGGCCGAUUCUGCUGAACCUAGAGCUAGAAGAAUUUUGGCUGGUUUAGGUUUUGAUAAAGAAAUGCAGGAUCGUGCCACUAAAAAUUUUUCAGGAGGUUGGCGUAUGCGUGUUUCUUUAGCUAGAGCUCUUUACAUUGAACCCACAUUAUUGCUCCUCGAUGAACCUACUAACCAUUUGGAUUUAAAUGCUGUUAUUUGGCUUGAUAACUACUUGCAAGGUUGGAAGAAAACUCUUCUAAUUGUUUCUCACGAUCAAUCCUUCUUGGACAAUGUAUGUAAUGAAAUUAUACAUUUGGACCAGAAAAAAUUGUACUACUACAAAGGGAAUUACUCAAUGUUUAAGAAAAUGCAUGUACAAAAGAGAAAAGAAAUGAUUAAAGAAUACGAGAAACAAGAAAAAAGAAUAAAAGAACUGAAAUCAUCAGGGUCUUCCAAAAAACAAGCCGAAAAGAAACAGAAAGAGGUUUUGACAAGGAAACAAGAGAAGAAUAGAUCAAAAAUACAGAAACAGGAAGAUGACCAAACUGCUACGGAAUUGCUUCAAAGGCCUAAAGAAUAUUUAGUAAAAUUCCGUUUCCCGGAGCCUCCCCCACUCCAACCACCAGUUUUAGGAUUGCACAAUGUACAUUUUGGCUGGCCAGGACAGAAACCACUUUUUGCAAAUACCGAUUUUGGUAUUGACAUGAAUAGCAGGGUUGCCAUAGUCGGACCCAAUGGUGUAGGAAAAUCAACGUUUUUGAAAUUGCUGACUGGGGAUUUAACUCCAUUGAAGGGAGAAAACAGGAAAAAUCAUCGAUUGCGAAUUGGGAGAUUUGAUCAACAUUCUGGUGAGCAUCUGACGGCAGAAGAAACCCCCUCUGAAUACCUGAUGCGACUUUUUGACCUUCCUUAUGAAAAAGCCAGAAAACAAUUAGGGACUUUUGGAUUAGCUAGUCAUGCUCACACAAUUAGAAUGAAGGAUCUUUCUGGAGGUCAAAAAGCACGUGUUGCUUUAGCGGAACUUUGUCUAAACGCACCAGAUGUGUUAAUUUUGGAUGAACCUACCAACAAUUUAGAUAUAGAAUCAAUUGACGCAUUAGCGGAAGCAAUUAAUGAAUAUACAGGCGGUGUCAUAAUUGUAUCUCACGACGAACGAUUAAUAAGAGAAACUGGCUGUGCACUUUAUGUAAUUGAAGAUAAAACUAUCAAUGAAGUAGAAGGUGAUUUCGAUGAUUACAGGAAAGAAUUGCUAGAAAGUUUAGGAGAAGUGAUCAACAGUCCCAGUAUAGCAGCAAACGCAGCAGUGGCUUAAAAUAAAUUAUCUAUUCAUUAAAAAAGGCUUUUAAUUCAAUAGAACGUCAAUAAUGGCAAAAGUCGAAUCAGAUUUAACAUCAAUAUUUAUUUUUGUUAUUUAUAAAAAAAUACUCUUAUUUGAAUUUAAAAGUCCUACAGAAGCCUUAUAUCAAUAAAUAAGCCUUAUUAAUUAUUCAUUAAAUGCAUAAUAAACAAUGUUUUUUAUUUAAAUUUUUAUGUUUAUAAUUAUUGUAUAUUAUGUAUUUUAUAAAUAAAUAUUUGACUAUUA